AGCUGCAUGUGUUGGAUCCAACAUGGCGGCCCCCAGGAUGUCCACGGCGGCCCCUCUACCCGGCAGAUGUGGUUUCUUCGUGGAGAAAAAGAACCGUUUCUGUAAAAUGAUCGUGGCCAAAGGAAAGGUGUACUGUGGAGAGCACGCGACCAUGGAGGGCGGAGUCAGCAGGAGGAUCGUGUGUCCUUUAGACCCCAAACAUACUGUGAGUGAGGAUAAGCUGGACAAACACCUGAAGAAGUGUAACUCCAGAGAGAAGCCCAAACCUGUGUAUUAUGUGGAGAACAUAAACACUGGAUCAGCUGAUGGUGAUGAGACACUGCAUCAGGUGAGCCUGUCUGAGCUCAGUCGCUCUCAGCUGGAGUCUUUGCUGGACAAACUGAAGGCAGGGGUCAAAGGGUUGCAGUGUGAUGUGGAGGACAGCGUUCUGUCUCAUCCCAUCGUCCAGGAGGAACUAAACAACCCUAAGAAUGGAGACUCCGCCCACAAACACCUGAAGCAACAGUCUUCUAUCUUAGGUAACCUGGAGGCCCAAGGGCUGCUGGGAAGGGGGCGGUGCUUCAUAGAGUUUGGAGCGGGUCGAGGGAAACUGUCUCACUGGAUCCAUGAAGCCCUGAAGACCCCAGACCAUCAGAAGACCCCUGAUGAGCUUCAGAUGCUGCUGGUGGAGCGCUGCAGUACUCGCUUCAAGGUGGACGGAAAGCAUCAGGAUUCUGGGGUUGAGUUUGAGCGGCUGCAGGUGGACAUUCAGCACCUGGACUUGAGUAAGACCCGCUCACCUGGACUCUGUCGGGUCCAGAUGCUGAAGCUGAAGAAGCUCCCUCUGGUGGGCGUGGGGAAACACCUGUGCGGGGCGGCUACAGAUCUUGCUCUGCGCUGUUUGUUGGUGACUCCAGGACCCAAAGACGAGACUGAACCGCCCCCCAAACGCCUCAAAACCUCAGAACCACAGCCAGCUGAUCCACAGUCUGAUUCAGGAGAUCCUCCUGAGCCUGGUCCUGAUGCAGACUCGGGUCCUGGUCCAGUGCAGGGUCUAGCUGUAGCUCUCUGCUGCCACCAUCGGUGCGAGUGGCGUCACUACGUGGGUCAGCAGUUCUUCCUCCAGCGAGGACUCGGUCCUGAGGAGUUCUCAGCUUUCUGCCGAAUGUCCAGCUGGGCCACAUGUGGUCUCAGACCGACCAGUCAGGAGCUCCGGCAGAGAGAAGAUGACGAGCACGAACCAGCAGAGGAGACAGACGCCGUGAACAGCUUCUUGUCGUCCUCUGAGCGCGAGCACAUCGGGCGUCUCUGUAAACGUCUGAUCGACGCCGGCAGACUUCACUUCCUGCAGACCAGAGGGUUUGAGGGUAAACUGUGUCGAUACGCGGACGCUCAGGUGACUCUGGAGAACGUGCUGCUGACCGCCGUCCCCUCGUCUCCAUCCUGACGGACUAUCGCUCUCUGAGACCAUUUUUAUUUUAUUUUGAAAGAAAAUCACCCAAUGAGUUUAUGUUUAAAAGUUUGUACAAAUAUUUGUAUUAAAGUUUGUCAUGUGUUCA